CGCGGGCGACAGCUCCGGCUCCAUGGCGACCGGACUCGGGGAGCCGGUCUACGGACUUUCGGAAGACGAGGGAGAGUCCCGUAUUCUCCGAGUAAAGGUUGUUUCUGGAAUUGAUCUCGCCAAAAAGGACAUCUUUGGAGCCAGUGAUCCAUAUGUGAAACUUUCAUUGUACGUAGCAGAUGAGAAUAGAGAACUCGCUUUGGUACAGACAAAAACAAUUAAAAAGACGCUGAACCCAAAGUGGAAUGAAGAAUUUUAUUUUAGAGUAAACCCAUCUAAUCACAGACUCCUGUUUGAAGUUUUUGAUGAAAACAGACUGACCCGAGACGACUUCCUGGGCCAGGUGGACGUGCCUCUGAGUCACCUUCCGACGGAAGACCCAACCAUGGAGCGACCAUAUACAUUUAAGGACUUCCUACUCAGGCCGAGGAGUCACAAAUCCCGUGUGAAGGGGUUCCUGCGGCUGAAAAUGGCCUACAUGCCCAAAAACGGGGGCCAGGAUGAGGAGAACAGCGAGCCCAGGGACGACAUGGAGCAUGGGUGGGAAGUGGUCGACUCCAAUGAUUCGGCCUCACAGCAUCAGGAGGAACUGCCUCCCCCGCCGCUGCCCCCUGGCUGGGAAGAGAAAGUGGACAACUUGGGCCGGACAUACUACGUCAACCACAACAACCGCACCACUCAGUGGCACCGGCCGAGCUUGAUGGAUGUGUCCUCCGAGUCGGACAACAACAUCAGGCAGAUCAACCAGGAGGCAGCACACCGCCGCUUCCGCUCCCGCAGGCACAUCAGCGAGGACCUGGAGCCCGAACCCUCCGAGGGCGGAGAGGGUCCUGAGCCCUGGGAGACCAUUUCUGAAGAAGGGAAUCUGGCUGGUGACUCACUGGGGCUGGCUGUGCCCCCACCGCCUGCCUCCCCCGUGUCCCGGACCAGCCCCCAGGAGCUGUCUGAGGAGCUCAGCAGAAGGCUUCAGGUCACUCCCGACACCAACGGCGAACAGUUCAGUUCCCUCAUUCAACGAGAGCCCUCCUCCAGGCUGCGGUCCUGCAGCGUCACGGAUGGCGUCGCGGAGCAGGCCCAUCUACCACCGCCCAGUACCCCAACUAGGAGAGCACGUUCGUCAACUGUCUCGGGUGGUGAGGAGCCAACGCCAUCAGUAGCCUACGUACACACCACGCCGGGCCUUCCUUCAGGCUGGGAAGAAAGAAAAGAUGCUAAGGGACGCACAUACUAUGUCAAUCAUAACAAUCGAACCACAACUUGGACGCGACCUAUCAUGCAGCUUGCAGAAGACGGCGCCUCGGGAUCGGCUGCCAACAGUAGCAACCACCUAAUCGAGCCUCAGAUCCGCCGGCCUCGUAGCCUCAGUUCGCCAACAGUAACUUUAUCUGCCCCGCUGGAGGGUGCCAAGGACUCACCCAUACGUCGGGCUGUGAAAGACACCCUUUCCAACCCACAGUCCCCACAGCCAUCACCCUACAACUCCCCCAAACCACAACACAAAGUCACCCAGAGCUUCCUGCCACCUGGCUGGGAAAUGAGGAUAGCACCCAACGGCCGGCCCUUCUUCAUUGACCAUAACACAAAGACCACGACGUGGGAAGAUCCACGCCUGAAAUUUCCCGUUCACAUGCGGUCAAAGGCAUCUCUCAAUCCCAAUGACCUUGGCCCACUUCCUCCUGGCUGGGAAGAGAGGAUUCAUUUGGACGGCCGGACGUUCUAUAUCGAUCACAAUAGCAAAAUCACUCAGUGGGAAGACCCGAGACUGCAGAAUCCAGCCAUUACUGGUCCGGCUGUUCCUUACUCCAGAGAGUUUAAACAGAAAUACGACUAUUUUAGGAAGAAAUUAAAGAAGCCGGCUGAUAUUCCCAACAGGUUUGAAAUGAAGCUUCACAGAAAUAACAUAUUCGAAGAAUCCUACAGGAGAAUCAUGUCGGUGAAGAGGCCAGAUGUCCUGAAAGCAAGACUGUGGAUAGAAUUCGAAUCCGAGAAAGGGCUGGACUAUGGAGGUGUGGCCCGAGAGUGGUUCUUCCUGCUGUCCAAAGAGAUGUUCAACCCCUACUAUGGUCUCUUUGAGUACUCAGCCACGGACAACUACACGCUUCAGAUCAACCCGAACUCUGGGCUCUGUAAUGAAGAUCACUUGUCCUACUUCACUUUCAUUGGAAGAGUUGCUGGUCUGGCUGUGUUUCACGGGAAACUCUUGGAUGGUUUCUUCAUUCGCCCAUUUUACAAGAUGAUGCUGGGGAAGCAGAUAACCCUGAAUGACAUGGAAUCUGUGGACAGUGAAUACUACAACUCUUUGAAGUGGAUCUUAGAAAAUGACCCCACCGAACUGGACCUCAUGUUCUGCAUAGAUGAAGAGAACUUCGGGCAGACCUAUCAAGUGGAUUUGAAGCCCAAUGGGUCAGAAAUAAUGGUGACCAAUGAAAACAAAAGGGAAUACAUUGACUUGGUCAUCCAGUGGAGGUUCGUGAAUCGGGUCCAGAAGCAGAUGAACGCCUUCUUGGAGGGAUUCACAGAGCUCCUUCCCAUUGAUCUGAUUAAAAUUUUUGAUGAAAAUGAGCUGGAGUUGCUCAUGUGUGGCCUUGGCGAUGUUGACGUGAACGACUGGAGACAGCAUUCCAUCUACAAGAAUGGCUACUGUCCAAACCACCCCGUCAUCCAGUGGUUCUGGAAGGCCGUGCUACUGAUGGAUGCCGAGAAGCGGAUCCGGUUACUGCAGUUUGUCACUGGCACAUCCCGGGUACCCAUGAACGGAUUUGCUGAACUCUAUGGUUCCAAUGGGCCUCAGCUGUUUACAAUAGAGCAAUGGGGAAGUCCUGAGAAGCUGCCCAGAGCUCACACCUGCUUUAAUCGCCUCGACUUACCUCCAUAUGAGACCUUUGAAGACUUACGAGAGAAGCUUCUCAUGGCUGUGGAAAAUGCCCAGGGUUUCGAGGGGGUGGAUUAAGCAGCCCUUGGCGGCAGCGGAGGUGGCCUUCCACCCGUCCAUCCGUCCGUCGGGCAAAUUCCACUUGCGCUUUUGCGUUUGCCCAACUGACUUUGCAGAGCCCGUGGCCGAGGAGCAGCUGCGUGGCCAGGCUCCCGACGCUGAGCCUUGGCUCGGACCCAUGCCCAAGCCUGGCCGUGGGCCCCCGGCCCCAGCUCACGUUCCUGCCUCGUCCACCACACGUGAUCAGCUGGUUGAUGUGUACGCUAAUUACAUUUCAGGAGAACUGACUAUUUAUGUUGUGCCUGUGCAGGCAAAACCCUUAAUAAAUAUUUUGCAUACUUUCUAAUGACAAUGAAUGGAAUUAAUCACUCUACAGGUAUAGUAUUACAACUCAUGUUUACUUUUUAAAAAUGAUUCAGACCGAUUUUCACAUUUUAUUUCACUAUUAUUAAAGAUGUCUCAUGUACUUGGAAAA